CGAGGCCGCCUGUGGUUAUCAUUUACUCGAAUUACAUCUAACCCAUUGGAUUUAUUUGGCCGGCUGAAUCAUCAUUGUUAUUAGCACUUGCUAUCGGGGUUGUUUGUUUUUUCGUUAACAGGACGGAUGUAUGGUUACACGAGAUAAUUUAUUUUGCAUUCUUUAUCGUCUUUGGUCACGACUGGAUUUGCCGGUGUCCAUGGAUGUGUGUGGGUGAGGCACACGCCGGUUACUUUGUGUAUUUUCGUCAGUUAGCGCGACACCAAGACAACUACCGGCACCGAUACGAGAGGAGCGACUGUCUUUCCUCAGCGAGACACUAAUUAGGCGCUAAUUGGAGACCGGACAAUUAAUUGAACAUGCUGCUGUCGAAAUUCGGAUCACUGGCUCAUAUCUGCAACCCGAGCAACAUGGAGCAUCUGCCGGUGAAGAUCUUACAGCCAGUGAAAGUGGAGAAGGAGCCAUUCGAGAAGCUCUACCAGGUGGGCUCCGUUCUGGGCAGCGGUGGUUUCGGAACCGUGUAUUCGGGCAGCCGGAUUGCAGAUGGACUGUCGGUCGCUGUGAAGCACGUAGCUAAGGAGAGAGUCACAGACUGGGGCACCCUGAACGGAGUGAUGGUGCCUUUGGAGAUCGUCCUCCUGAAGAAGGUGGGCACCGGCUUCCGAGGGGUAAUCAAGCUGCUGGACUGGUACGAGCGAGCCGACGGCUUCCUGAUCGUUAUGGAGAGACCGGAGCCGGUGAAGGAUCUAUUCGAUUACAUAACAGAGAAGGGAGCCCUGGACGAGGACACCGCGCGGGGCUUUUUCCGGCAGGUGCUGGAAGCGGUGCGACACUGCUAUAACUGCGGGGUGGUGCACCGGGACAUCAAGGAUGAGAACCUGCUGGUGGACACGAGGAACGGGGAACUGAAACUGAUCGAUUUCGGCUCAGGGGCGCUACUCAAGGACACGGUGUACACGGAUUUUGAUGGAACCCGAGUCUAUAGUCCCCCAGAAUGGGUCAGAUACCACAGAUACCAUGGAAGAUCAGCAACAGUUUGGUCUUUGGGUGUGCUUCUUUAUGACAUGGUUUGCGGAGAUAUUCCCUUUGAACAAGAUGAAGAGAUUGUUCGUGUCCGCUUGUAUUUCAGAAGAAGGAUCUCUACAGAGUGCCAGCAACUUAUCAAAUGGUGCCUUUCCCUGAGGCCUUCUGAUAGACCAACACUUGAGCAAAUUUUUGACCAUCCUUGGAUGUGCAAAUGCGACCUUGUGAAAUCUGAAGACUGUGAUUUAAGACUAAGGACAAUUGACAAUGAUGCAUCAAGCACAAGUUCAAGCAAUGAGAGUCUGUAAAGUUCAAGCAAUAUUGCAUUUAAUAUGAUUAAGCAGAAAACCAGUGCUGCUGCCAAUAUUACAAGGGGGGACUCAAACAUUUGCUGUUUUGGCUAAACAUUUUAUACAGAUCUACCUUACCACUUCCACCUUUCACUUUUUUUUUUUUUUUCCUUCCUUAAGGCUCCUUCCGUGGAAUGAGAUUUAUUUUGUAUAUGCUGGUAUUCCAGCACUGUCAGACUGACCUUAUUUUACAUAAAGAAGAAAUGACCUCUUGAUUACAUAGUAUACUGUUUGCUCUCAUAGAGCCUGGACUAGAUUUUAUUUGCUUUGAGUGCCUUUUUGAAAGCUGCUUCAGUGGAACUUAUGUCAUUACUAUAAUUUUGAAUUUUUUGUUUGUGUUAUGUCCAAAGAAUAUUUGUGUAAUUUUAGGGGCUUGUCUGACUUUUUAAAUGUUAGUUGGAACUAGAGAUGCACUGAAUCCACUUUUUUGGAUUCGGCCGAAUCCUUCGUGAAAGAUUCGGGUGAAUACCGAACCGAAUCCUAAUUUGCAUAUGCAAAUUAGGGGAUGGGAAGGGGGGAAACCUUUUUCUUCCUUGUUCUGACACAAAUUCACGCAAUUUCCCUCCCGCCCCUAACUUGCCUAUGCAGAUUAGGGUUCGGCCUGGCAGAAGGAUUCGGCUUAAUCCGAAUCCUGCUGAAAAAGGCCAUAUCCUGGAUUUGGUGCAUCCCUAGUUGGAACAGCUCCUAAUGUUAAUUAUCCAUGCUCAGCUGGAUGUAACUGCCACUCUUUUGUGGUGGAAAUCCAUAAACGCUAAUAUUUUUACUUUUUUUUUUUUUUUUUCCCCCACUCCCUAAAAGAAACCUUCAUGUGACCUGUACAGGAAUGUGAACAUGAAUAAUUUCUACAUUUUCCUUUUAAUAUUUAUAUUCUUUCUGGUAUUGACAAUAUAAAUUUCCAUCUCUACUACUGGGCAUUUUAAGCCCUGUUCAUUCUCUUUUGUUAGCCUGAGAGUCUUAAAGUAUGUAUGGGCAUGUUUAAAUGCACAAUCAAUGCAAUAUUCAAUGACCUUUUCCAUAUCUGUAUUUAAACUUGUAUUAUACUGUUAUUUAUUGCAAUAUUUAGGUAAGGUUUUUCCUCACUAUUUAUUUUAAUUUAUUUGUCAAAUAUAUCCAGCACUGUGCUUCACCUUUUUUCCUGCACUCCCUCUAUCUAAAACCCAUCUUUAAACCAUAUAAAGGUAACUUUAUUUCUGCAUUCCAUGUCUAAGCAUAUCACCAUGACUGUAGCCAGUUUGUUUUUUAGAUGGAGAAAUUAUUGUAAAAAGUCUAAUUUAAGGUAUGACCGCUUUCCCAUUUUUCUUUUUGUCUGUCUGGUAUGGUUGUGGUACCAGAACUGUAAGUCUGUUCUGUUAUGACAAAGAUUUUAAAUUAUUGGCAUUAUAGAGUCUCCAUGCAUUGGCUCUGAGAGGAAGAGUGGCAGAGUCACAUUUAAUUUAUUUUAACUGUUUUUGUGAACAAGCUGCAUUUAUGCAGAUUGCACCUGUUUUAUUUUUUUCCAAUUUAACAGUGUGAAAUGUAUGGAGAUCAUAUUUUUUUAUACAAGUAUUUCAAUUAAACUUUUUUUGUAUGUAAA